GAGAAUGGUGCUGAUGAGGCGACGGAGGGAGGAUGAGGCGCUGAUGAGGCGAUGGAGGUAGGAUCAGGCGCCGAUGGCGCAGUAGUCCUCGCAUAAGCGCAAUGUAGCCAAAUCGAAUCGUCCGAGCUCCGAAUGGAAAUCUGUCGAAUUAAUACCCAGGAUGGGUUGGAGGAGCAAGAUUUCGAAGAAGAGGGACUGGAUCAGGAGGACGAGGAGCAAGAACUGGAAGAGCAGGGAUUGGAGGGGCAAGGUCCGGGACAGGGAAAGGGCGGGGGAUCUAUAGAAGACGAAGGACAUGAGGGACAGGGUCAAGGAGACGAUGAGCAGAACGAGCAGGGCCCAGGGGACAAUGGACAGGGAAAUGAUCUUAAUAUACUCGUCACUCUGAAGGAGAACUGGAUGACAAGGAAAGGACUUGCUUUAGGACGGAAGACAGUGGGACGUCUUUUUGCCCAUUUCCCUCCUUCAAAACUAGUGUCUCAGAUGGUCAAGUUGGUUGACAUAGAAACAAAUACGGCGUUAGAUCAUCAGGGCACAGGGUUUUUGAUCGAUACCGGGAAAUCAAGUCUUCUUUUCCCUAAAGAACUCAAGAAUCUCGAUACACCUUUCAAGAUCUCUUGGGAGAAAGCUUUUCUACGAAGAGAUGAUGUGGCCCAAUUUCCACCACGGUUUACAAUUGUCACCACUAGGCCAGACGGAGUAGGAAAGAAUGUACUGCUGAUCAGGAAUUCUCCACUUCCCAGAGAUGGUCUCCAAUGGGAUUCCAAGAGCGUACGAAUGGAAGUUCAUGGGUAUGGUGUGUUCCACCUCAACUGUAGCCUGAAGGAGCCUCUAGCAUCGUUGAAAGCACUGCAACGAUCACACCAUUUGUUACCUGUGAAUCAACCAGGGGGUGACGAUGACGAUCAACCAAGGGGUCCAGGGGGUGGGAGUGGCGAUGAACCAGGGGGUGGUGAUCAACCAGAACCUGGGGCUGACAAUCAACCUGAUGGUGACCAUGAUCAGCCAAGAAGGGGCAAUCGGCAACGCAUAGUAUCAUCUAGUAGCAGUGGAGACGAGGAGCAGCCAAUCCGGAGGAGGCAGCCAAUCCGGAGGAGGCGGCCAAUCAGGAGGCGGGUAAUAGUCUCAACAGGCAGCAGUGGCGAAGAUGAAUCAUUCUCGGAGGCGCCUGAAGCAGUAGUAGCGAUAUCCGACGAUGCUGCACAAGAUUUGGCGAAUUUUGCUUUUGAAGCAGCAGUGACUAGCGACGCAGCACAAGCAUUGGUUGCUUUUGCCUCGGAGGAAGUUUGAGGGCCUCAACAGCUGCGAGCCAAAACUUUUCCCUCUGAACCUCGCUCGUAAUAAAACUUGUGCACCUUUGUCUCAAAGCUGGUGCCAACUUGCGGGUCAUCUACCAGUAUCCAACGAUGGUAUUUUUACCUCGACUUCUUCUUUGGCUUGAGAGGAGAAGAUUAUCGUCGUCAUGCAAAGAUUUUGAAUAGGAUUUUGGUGCGGAUUCCGUUGUCUUUCUCCAGUGCUAAUGCCAGUGUGAGGCAAGACAAGUCUCGUGCUCCUGGCUGCACUUAGCGACGGAAGAAGCCAUCCACAAAUAAAGCGAAAAUGUAUAGAAAAAUGAGUGGAGAGAAUAGGAAAAAUGCUAUGGCCUGGUCGGCUGGGAAGACAUCACACACAGAGAGAAUGGCAAUGCCUUUGAAAGAAAGAGUCUCUCCCACUGGAGGUGUGCUGUAAUCCAGAUCCCGGGAGUUUGCUUGUUGGAUCGAGCAAAGUUUCGAAAAGACAGAAACAGUUUGAUCCAUCUUGCUCGUCGCAAUCUCUGAGUAUAUAUGACUCCACUGUUCCUCAUUGCUCUCCAGAUAUCUGUGUUUAUGGAAGAGAGCUCUUUUCCUGUCUCAUAUAUCAUCCUUACUCGAUCUCUAGACAGUUUUUAGUCUUCGACUCUCGAAAAAGUUCUCUUUUUCGCCAAAUGAAUGAGGCUUGCGGAGGGCGGUUGAGAUCUGAUAUUUUUUGCUACUCUCUCCAGCACGCAGAUCCGGUGGAUUGCUAUAGAUUGUUGCUGCUGUUGGUAUAGCGGAGAUCCCUGUGAUUUACUGGAGACUUACUUGCCAUGAUAGGAAGACAAGAAUUACGGGAAUAACGCUGAUCAACACGAGAUUGAGCGGUAGCUUGCCGGAAUCUAACAGGCCUCCAGCUCUUGAAUCUGCAAACCUGUGGUUUCAACGGGAGUAUUCUCUUAUUUCUAGCUUUGAACGGAAACUUUCUGGAUGGAAGGAUUCCCCCAACUGUUGGCGAGCUCCCGGUGAUCUCGUUUGACGGCACGGGCUUUGACAACCUGACGGUAUUAAGACACAUGCAUCUCAACAACAACAAUCUUUCCGGUGCGAUUCCGACUGCGCUGUCUACGACGCCAAAACUAUUUCACCUACUGCUGGAAAAAAACAACUUUCCAGGAGCCAUACCUCCAGAAAUCGGCAGCUUGCUACAGCUGAGAAUCUUGAGACGCGAUAAUAAUAAACUUGAGGGCCCCCGUACCUGAAACCAUCAGUCGCCUGGCUUGCCUCGAGCUGUAUGAUGAUUGUCUUACGCUAACUGAUGAAUAUCUGCAGACAUUUGACCAUUACUCUACUUGUUGGGAACUUGCCAGACUUCUGCUAUGCAAAAUCUCCAGCUCAUGUUAAUCAAUAGUUUUUCAAGGGAAACCUUGUCGGACAGUUUCCAACGGGGCUAUCCUGCCUUGAGGCGCCGUGAAAGUUUCUGGAGAACCGCUUGAAUGGUUGCAUCGGCCGCGAGUAAUUGGAACUGGUUUCGGUGGAAGAAUCUGUGCCAAUUACAGACGGUCAGGAAGUUCUGUUUGCAACGACAACAAUCCUGACAAGUUUGUGCGAGUGAUAGAAUAUAGAAACCGUCAAUCGGUGCGGUAUUACGAGAAAACUUUGCUACCAGCUUCUUUGCCGAGAAGAAUGAAGUGACAGGGUUGACAACGAUACGGGGCAACUUUCCUCGGCACUUCACAUUACUCCGGGCGACUUAUACCUUCGUCAUGACAAACGCAAACCAUCCAUAAACAGGUGGUAGCCAAACAAACAAGUUUAUGUUUGUUGUCACUCUCUGCAUCUACGUCGGAGUUUCAGUUGCGAUAGCGGGUCUCUGUAUCUUUUUUCUCGUUAUGAGUUUUUCUCGUUAUGAACAGAAAGCGGACGAGGAGCCCAUGGUGAAAGCUGACUUUCUCAUUUUUGUUUUUCUCCUUUGGUUUCAGCAGCUUUGUGAAGAUUGCUCCCAAGUUCAAAGGUGGCUUAAGAAACUUCUCCAGCCACCACUUGAUUGGUGUCGGUGGCGAUAGCAAGGUAUACAAAGGACAGCUGCACACAGGAUCAGAAGUUGUGGCAAUCAAGCAGCCCAGAAAGAAUAUCUACAAGGCGUCGAAGAAUUCCGACCUGAGAUCGAGCUGUUUUCACGCUUGCACCACAAGAAUCUGGUGAACCUCAUCGGCUUUUGUACAGAUGAUGGAGAACAGAUGCUCGUCCAUGCCCAACCGGACUUUUAGGAGACCAUCUCUAUGAGCAAGCUCUCAACUGAAAGACACGUUUCUCCAUCGCACUUGGCUCUGCAAAAGGGGAAUACCUUCACGAGCUGGCGGAUCCUCGCAUUAUCCACUGAAACAUCAAAUCCUCCAACAUUUUACUGGACAAGAACUUGGUGGCCAAAGCCGCGGGCUUGGGCCGCUCAAAGCUGGCGCCAACUUGUAGCGACAAGACAUAUACCAGUAUCCAAGUGAAGAAACUCCGGUAUGUCUACUUUUCUACAUCUAUCAGCUCUACAGCUUUGGAGUGGUGCUCAUCAAGAAGCAGCCGAUUGUUCAUCGUGAAGGAGAUCAAGGAGUCGGUCCCCUGGGGUGGUGUUGCCUUGCUGCUCUCUUUCAUGGACAAUCCGGCUGUGCAUGGAAGAUUCUGACCACAAGAUGAGAGCUUGAGGAGAUGAUCAAGCUGCAAGAGGUGCAUGGCUGAUCACGAACAGAACUGUGACAGUGACGGGAACGAGGCAGCCGAAUAGAGCAGCUUCAACGUUGGUCUUGAAUCUGAAGUGUUCAGCGAUGAGCUCCCAAGCUUUCGCUUUUAUGGCAGCUGAGGAGGGAAAAAGGCGAGCCGGAUUGGACCACCGGUGUACAGUGGAGGAUUAAAACGGGGAGGAGGAGAUAUCGCGACAGUGGAGAAGAAUAAAAUACUCGAGGAGAAGAAGAUCAUCACCGUCACCAAGCUGGCUUGCUGAGGAGAGAGUUGGGAAGAACUUCCAAGCGACUGGUGCGGAUUCCUUUCAUCUUUAGGAUGGUACACUACUGCAAAAUGCCAGUGUGAGGCAGGAGGCUGGUGCCAAGCAUCGUGCUCCUGGCUGCGAGCGUGAACCACAAAGAAAACGAAAAUAAAAAGUAUAGAAAACAGGAAGAAAGAUCCAACACUAUGGCCCGGAGGGGAAAAUAUCACCAGCUUUGGUGCGUCGGCUGGAAUGACAUCAUGCACGAGCUCGUUUGGCGACGUCACGUACUCGCCGGGAAGAGAUGGGAGCGAUGAAAAGAUCGGCUGCGAGCUUUGUCUCCAAAGGACGAGCGAGAGAGAGACGAGAGAACUGCGGCUCCAUCCUUUCAUCAAUGCCAGACCGAAAAGAAAGAAAGGAUUGAAAGAUGGAUCACUCCAACCUUGAGACACUGAACUGGACGAGCAGGGAAAGGAGAGCUUGACAAUGCUGUGAUGCACAUCCUGGGAGUUUGCUUUUGUUGGAUCUACCAAAGUUUCGAAGUUUGCGUUGCGGAUAGAAACUCCUUGAUCUAUCUCGCUCGUCGCAAUCAGUACAUGACUCCACUGCUA